GGUUGCCUGGAGACCGCGCAGCCUGUGCUGUGUUGGCGCGUUGGUCUGCGGGUCGCGGCCGGCGGGACUCCGGAGCCAUGGCGCCCAAAAAGAAAGGGAAGAAAGGGAAAGCCAAAGGUACCCCGAUUGUUGACGGUCUCGCUCCGGAGGACAUGAGCAAGGAACAGGUGGAGGAGCACAUUGGCCGCGUGCGGGAGGAGCUGAGCCGUGAGCGGGAGGAGCGCAGCUACUUCCAGCUGGAGCGGGACAAGAUCCACACUUUCUGGGAGAUCACGCGGAGGCAGCUGGAGGAGAAGAAGGCUGAACUGAGGAACAAAGACCGGGAGAUGGAGGAGGCUGAGGAGAGGCACCAGGUGGAGAUCAAGGUCUAUAAGCAGAAGGUGAAGCAUUUGCUGUACGAGCAUCAGAACAGCGUGAUGGAGAUGAAGGCGGAGGGCACCGUGGUCAUGAAGCUGGCGCAGAAGGAGCACCGCGUGCAGGAGGGGAGGCUGUGCAGGGACGUGCGGGCGCUGAAGGUGGGGCUGAAGGAGCAGGAGCUGGCCAGCGAGGUGGCGGUGAAGAACCUAAGGCUGAAACACGCCGAGGAGAUCACCAAGAUACGCAAGGACUUUGAGCGGCAGGUGCGAGAGAUCGAGGCCAAGUACGAUAAGAAGGUCAGGAUGCUUAGGGAUGAGCUUGACCUGCGCCGGAAGACAGAGAUCCACGAGGUGGAGGAGAGGAAGAACGGCCAGAUCAGCAUGCUUAUGCAGCGCCACGAGGAGGCCUUCACGGACAUCAGGAACUAUUACAACGAAAUCACCCUCAACAACCUGGCUCUCAUCAACUCCCUCAAGGAGCAGAUAGAGCGCAUGCGGAAGAGGGAGGAGCUCCUGGAGAAGGAGGUGACGGAGGCGUCCACGCAGAACAGGCGCCUGGCAGACCCCCUGCAGGAGGCUCGGGACGAGAUGAGUGAGAUGCAGAAGCAGCUCGGGGGCUACGAGAGGGACAAGCAGAUCCUGCUGUGCACGAAAGCCCGUCUGAAAGUCACCGAGAAGGAGCUGAAGAGCCUGCGGUGGGAGCACGAGGUGCUGGAGCAGCGCUUCACCAAGGUGCAGCAGGAGCGGGACGAGCUGUACCGGAAGUUCACCGCAGCCGUCCUGGAGGUGCAGCAGAGGGUGGGCUUCCAGAACCUCGUCUUGGAGCGCAAGGUACAGGCACUGGCCGCCGCGGUGGAGAAGAAGGAGGUGCAGUUCGACGAGGUGCUGGCGGCCUCCAGCCUGGACCCUGCGGCCCUGACCCUCGCGUCCCGCAAGCUGGAGGAUGUUCUGGAAUCGAAGAACAGCACCAUCAAGGACUUACAGUGCGAGCUGGCCCGGGUCUGCAAGGCCCACAAUGACUUGCUGCGUACCUAUGAGGCGAAGCUCCUGGCCUUUGGGGUCCCCCUGGACAACGUGGGCUUCAAGCCCCUGGAGACGGCCGUGAUCGGGCAGACGCUAGGCCAGGGCCCCGCAGGACUCGUGGGCACCCCAACGUAGCCCCUGCCCGGGGCCACUGCCCAGAUGACACCCCCCUCACGCACCGAGGACAGCAGGUAUUUGUUCUGUAGACAUGCGUCGUCAGCAAAUGAAGGUUUUCACAAGUGCUACGUGUCCUGUUGCGUGGCUGUGUGGAGAGGCGCCCCCAGGGCCCACGGUGCCGUCCGGCCCCUUCCCCGAGCCCACCAGCUCUGUGCGCACGCCCGCCCCCUUCCCACCUGAGGCUGGGCAGCUCCAGCCGAGCGUGCCUAGUGACCGCAGCCACCUCGCAGAUGCCAGCAGCAACUUUAUUGAAGCCUGAAUGACAGCUGCCACUGGGAAAUCGGGGCCAGAACGUCCCCGGGAAGUGUGAGCCUGGUGCCCGUGAGCAACAAGCCCGCCCUGCUGGUUGGGGGCGGCUCAGCCUGCCGUGGUGACGGGUCCGGGCUCGCAGGCCGGCUGCCGGUCAGCCGCUAGCUCCCUCGGUACGUGGUAUAAGACCACGGGCUCAGCAGCAGCGGCACGUGGAACCUGUGGGUCUCGUUCGUGACGGUGAAAACGACCUGCGGGCAGAGGGGACACCGGGAGAGCCAGGGGCCAGCAUGGAGCGCACUCAGCCUGGCCCCAGUGCUGCCGUGGACUCAGCAGCCCAGACGGCUGGCCCUGGGGCUGCAGUUGUGGGGCAGGAGCCCCAGGACCAGCGGGGAGGGGGGGGGCGGUGGGUGUGGCUGGGUCCUCCCCAGAGAAAGCACUCUAUCUGAGGGGCCCUGGGCUUGCAGGUUCCCAAGGGGUCCCGCCCGAACAGGUCAACUGAAGGGGGACGGUGAGCUGGACGGGGCUCGGGUGACCCUCUGUCCGCAGGGGCUGAGGCAGCCUGACCCCGGAGCAGGGCAGGGACGGGCGUGAUGUGGUCAAGUCUGGCACCCCUUUCUCCUGGGAGCCUGAAGCAGGUGCGAGGUGGUGGGAGGAGCAGGGCCAGCCUGCGGGUCACAGUGAGUCACGGGCCUCCACCCGUCUGGCCCUCACCUCCACGUACGGGUAGAAGCUCUCCUGGCCCCUCUUCUGCCAGUAGCCCUCAGUGUCGAAGGACAGCUUGUAGGUGCCCGCCUUCAUCUGGCCUGGCAGCAGGAGCCCAGGGCAGCGGCCGUCAGGGUCCGUGUAGCUGGGGAGAGGAAGGGGGGGGCACUGCAGAGGGGGCUGAGGAGCCCCCGGCCUGGGUCCCCCGGGGCUGCGUGCCCACCGGCCUCAGAUGUCCCCGCAGCCCGACUGGGACUCGGGUGAGCAGGCCUGGGCGGCUCUGGAGCAGGACAGCCUCCAGGACCUGGGGCUCUGGAGCAGCCCAGGGACACUGCGCACUGUUUAAGAAAUCACAGAGAAGCAGAAGGGAGAAAAUUCCCACAACCUGCCCCGUGAGCAAUAAUCACUUUGUAUCUGGCAUGUAUACUUUUCAGAUUUUCUCUAUGCAUAAAUAUGCUUAUUUACAAACUUUAAAAACGGGUUGUAC